GGAAAAGGGGCUCCCGGCCCGCCGAUUCCCGACUUGGGGGAGCCGACCCCCCCACCACGCGGCUGCUUCUCGCUUCGCCUUCUCGCCCACCGCCCGCCGAGCCUGAGACCCUGAGGAUACAAUGUGGCUUUGCAGAGCACAGCAAUUGGGACUGUAAGAACUUAACAGAAGAAAUAAACAUACUUGCUCUCUCUGAAUGUAUAUUGAUAUAGGCGAUACAAGAUCCUUAGAAAUGAAAAAAUAUAAUGGAUUCUGAAUUAAUGAAUAGUAUAUUGGGAAGCUAUCUUAAACCUCCAGAAAGAGUGUUUGUUCCAUCAUUUACUCAGAAUGAUGAAUCAUCACAGAAUCACCAGUCUAUGAACUUAGAAAUUACCUCUCCUAGAGUACUUCAUAGUCCAAAUCGACAAGCUCUUAUCUUAGCCUUAAAAACUCUUCAAGAAAAAAUUCAUCGUUUGGAGUUAGAAAGAACCCAAGCUGAAGAUAACUUGAACAGUCUUUCCAGAGAAGCAGCACAGUAUAAAAAGGCCUUAGAGAAUGAAACAAAUGAGAGAAAUCUGGCAUAUCAGGAACUGAUAAAGCAGAAAAAAAAUAUAAGUGUACAAUUAAGCUCAGCCCAGUCUCGUUGUAUUCUUCUAGAGAAGCAACUAGAAUAUACGAAGAGAAUGGUUCUUAAUGUCGAGCGAGAGAAAAAUAUGAUCCUAGAACAACAGGCCCAUCUUCAAAGGGAAAAAGAACAAGAUCAAUUGAAGCUGCAAGCAAAACUUGAAAAGCUGGAUAUCUUAGAAAAAGAAUGCUUUAAACUUACAACUACUCAGAAAACUGCAGAGGACAAGAUUAAAUAUUUAGAGGAAAAGCUUACAGAAGAAGGACAUCUCCGUAAGCUAAUUCAAGACAAAGCUGCUGAGCUUCAAACUGGACUUGAAGUCAACAGAAUUUUAAUGUCUUCAGUAUCAAAUCCAAAUUGCUCCAAGGGAAAGAGGAAAUCAUCAAAGAAAACUAAAUGUUUAAAGAGAGCACCACCUCAGCAAACUUAUUCCACAUCUGGACCACAGUCUUUUGUGUCUGAGAAGUAUGCCUGUGCAAACCUGCACUCUGUGAAUGCGGGUGUACAAAACCUCCUGCAGAAUAGUCAGCAUUAUCGCCCACGUACACAUAGCCUCCCUGCACCCACUGCUGUGAAUGAGGCCAAGCACUUUUACAAAUCUACCCGGACAGCUUCCCAAUGUACGUCUGCACCUUCUGACUCAGAAAAAUUUACUUCCAUUUGUGACAACUUGUCUGAACUUUUGAAGGCAAUGCAAGAUGAGCUGAACCAAAUGAGUAUGGAGCAUCAAGAACUAUGGAAACAAAUGAAGGAAACUAAAAACCCUUCAGUCUGUGAAGACAUUGGAGGUAAACUGGAAUAUUUAGUUAAGAAAAUGGAAAUUAAAGGAGAACAGAUUUCCAAAUUGAUGAAGCAUCAAAAGAGUGUCCAUAAACUACAGCAAAAAGUUCAGAAUUCAAUGAUGAUUACAACUUCUGAUACUCAACAAGAAGAUAAUAACCCUAAAGGAUCAAAGAACAUUAAAUUUAACCCUAGAAAAUGCUCAUUAACUAACUCUCCUCAGAAGAACUCUCAUCCAGUACGAGUCCAAAAUCUUCAAAUGAAAUUAAGAAGAGAUGAUAUCAUGUGGGAACAGUAAAACAUUCACAAAGCUGUCACCUUAAAUGAAUGCUGCCAAUCUUGAAAUUCUUUCAGUCUCUGAUACUUUGACUUAAUUUAAUAUACCUUUAUGAAAUUUUGAAUUAUGUUUUUAGCUUUUAUAAAGUGCUAAGUUGUAGUAUUUUAAAAUUAAUGCCUAAUUAUCUCCUUAGAGUUCCAAAUAAUAAAUGAUUGCAUUUUUGUUUUUCUUAUUGACUUAAAAUGCCUAAUCUCAUACUU